AUGAUUCCAGCAGUUCCCCUGAAUAAGCGGAAACCUGUGGAGUAUUUGAGAUUGCCAACAAGAAAUGAGCAGUCCGUAAGAGAUGGGGAAGGUCGUCUUCCAAGAAAUUUAGGCAACAAUGACAUUACCAAACUCCUGGACGACUUGGACAAUCAGACGGAGGCCAUAAAGAGUGGCCAGCAGAUUGGUGAAGAGCUUUUAGGAGAUAAAAACGAGACUGGAGGUAGUUCAUUCAUAAACGAACAUAAUCAGAAAAACACAGACAACAUUGCAGAGGAAGUAACAGAUAGCGCCUCGGAGGCAGUGAGAAUAGCAGACGCCCCGGUGCUGGUUGAUACAAACGGAGUUCCAGAGAAAACAACAGCUGUAGAGAGUGGAGCGUCCUAUUUGGCUGGCAAACCUCUGUUGAUACUUAACAAAGAAAACAAAGAUCCAGAUGUAAACAAGUGGUUUCUCUACUAUCCACUCUCUACAGAAUCUGAUCAACAAACAGCUUAACAAAUGAAGCUUUAUUUUGGUAUUGUUCUGUUAAAUUAUGGUAAUGUAUUACUAUAUUUCAAGUUUCUAACGUUGCGUGGAAAACUGUGUUGAAUGCAGUUUUACGGCACUGGAAUUGUAUUUUUUAUACGUAAGUUGAAAAUGGAGCUCGCUCUACUGCUGCAUUUGAUUUUUAGUAAAAUCUCUGAUUUCACACCUUUUGGGCAUUCACUUCCCCUUCACUCUGGACCGCCAUGUUGUAUUUUUCAGAGUGAAACAUGUUGUAUUGGACUAAACAUAUUGCAUCAGACUAAAUAUUUUUCGGCCAAAUGUGAACCCACAAUUAUUGUUCAGGUAAAAACACUUAAAGAGAAUUUGCUUCAAUUAAAGUUUUGAUAAGCUGUAAAGGUACAGUCACAAUACUAAAUUAUUCGGCCUACUAAAGUUCUCUUAAUAAUAAAGUGUAUUAUCGUUUGUCUCACGAUGUAGUCACUGAGAUGUAGAUCGCGACGUUUC